ACGAGCGAGGGAGGACUCGGCUUGCCACGUCGGUUUGCGUGUUGGGAAGAAGCGGAGCUAUAAAAAAAAAAAAAAAAAAAAAACUAACUGGCUAACUUUGCAACUUAACGGCUGCGCUGUGGAAAUUUAAAUCGUUAUUACGACAACCUAAGAGCGUGACUCGGUUUUGUGGCUGAAGUUGUCAUUAAAGGGCAUCACAGAAAAAAAAAAACACACAAUAAUGUUGGCUCUGGACUCGAUGUUUGACUCCGAUUGACUGAUGCGUCCCGUCCAUCCGCUCGGAAUUGAUGUUGGCCGGGCUGCGCUGGAGGAGGAGGCCGUGAGGACGUCGAAGCUGGGAGCUGCUGGGAUUGCGCUGGUGGUGGUGCUGGUGGUUGGCACCGUGCGAGCCGGACAUGCCCGGGGGCCGCAGGGGUCCGAGUAGACAGCAGUUGAGCCGCUCAGCGUUGCCCUCCCUGCAAACUCUGGUGGGGGGCGGCCUCAGCAACGGCACGGGCCACAGGAGCAGGAACAGUAAUUCAUCGGGUCUUUCGGCUCCCCCUCUCACGACCCUGAUUACGCCCGAGCCGGUGCGCCACUGCCGCAUCCCCGAGCUUCCUCUGGACAGCAGUUUGCUCUUCGAGUUCCUGCUCUUCCUCUACCUGCUGGUGGCGCUUUUUGUACAGUACAUUAACAUCUACAGGACGGUGUGGUGGUAUCCUCAUAUCCACCCUGCUGCCUCUACCUCGCUGAACUUUUAUCUGAUAGACUACCACCUUGCAAUCUUUAUCACAGUGAUGCUGGCCAGAAGACUGGUAUGGACCAUCGUCUCAGAGGCCUCCCAGGCGAGCCCUUCUUCCUUCCUGCAGUACGUGCUGCUGAUCGUGGCCCGGCUCAGUCUCCUCACUCUCUGUGGCUGGAUUCUCUGCUGGACCCUCGUCAACCUUUUUAAGACCUACUCAGUGCUGAACCUGCUCUUCUUGGGCUACCCGUUCGGUGUGUAUGUACCACUGUGCUGCUUCCACCAAGAGGGCCGAGCUCAGCAAGCGCCGACAGACUGCUCGUUUACAGAACCGGACGGGACGGACAGCUCUCUACAACGACCCAAGGACUUCUUGGCGCUUGUACGCGAGAACCUGCGCGAGCAAUUCUUCAGCCCCGCCCAGGUUCCCGCGCACACGUGCCCACCCUCCCCCGAGCUCAUACGCAGUGAGGUAGAGGAGCUCAAGAGUGACUUUAACCGUCGCAUCAAAGAGGUGCUCUUUAAUUCGCUGUUCAGUGCCUACUACGUGGCCUUCUUACCGCUCUGCUUUGUCCAGAAAACACAGUACUACGACAUGCGCUGGUCAUGUGAGCACUUAAUCAUGGUGUGGAUCAACGCAUUCGUAAUGCUGAUGAGUCAGUUGCUUCCUCCCAGCUACUGCGACCUGCUGCACCGCUCAGCCGCACAUCUGGGCCGCUGGCAGCGACUCGAGCACGGCUCCUACAGCAACGCACCACAACACACGUGGUCAGAGAACACGAUCUGGCCUCAGGGUGUGCUCGUGCGACACAGUCGCUGUCUGUACAAGGCUGUGGGGCCGUAUAACGUGGCCUUGCCCUCUGACGUCUCGCACGCCAGAUUUUAUUUCCUGUUUCAUAAGCCAUUGAGGAUCCUGAACCUUCUGAUCGGGAUCGAGUCGAGCGUGGUGCUCUACCAGCUGUACUCGCUGCUGCGCUCCGAGCGCUGGAAUCACACGCUCUCGCUGGGCCUCAUCCUCUUCUGCAACUACUACGUGCUGUUCAAGCUGCUGCGAGACCGCAUCGUGCUGGGCAAAGCCUACUCGUAUCCCCUGAACAGCAACAGCGUGGGGCUCAAGUCCCAGUGAUGCUCGCUGGAAGCUGGUUUAGGGUGUUUUAUCCGAUGACUGUGAACUCCAGCUGGUAUUUCUUUUGAUACGGUUCUAUUUUCCUGCAACGUUUCUAUCUAUUUAAGAAAAUAUUUUAUUUUGUAUACUGUUACAUGAAUGAUGAACGCAGGGCAUUACGUUUGCACGACGUGAUGUCAUUUCUUCCCUUAUGUACAAGUUUUGGAAAAAAUAAACAAUAAACAGUGGCAAAAGAAGCAGACGGGAGAAGCGCCCAUGAUUUUUAGCACGUCUCUUACACUAUGUCCAAAUUUCGCCAAAGAUGCUCUUAAACUAAGAAAUUUUUAAAAAAGAGAAAGAAAAAAAAACAGUCAGCCAGGCAAGAACGGAUGGUCCAUCUAUCCACUCUAAAUGGAUGUCUGGGGAAAGUGGAUAAAUUUCAAUCUUGUAUAACGAAUGCUGUAUUUCUCUUCAUUGCAUUACUGUGUUUUUAUGAUUAUUAUCUGUUAAUAGCUUGAUAUUGGUGCAUACUUUUCUUCCAGACACUUUUGUUUCCUGUCGCAACAGCGUUUUAAAGCUUAAUAGAUGCCACUUUUUUUUUUGCCCCCUGUUUAUUUAUGUUCAUCCUUGUGCCAAAUCCCAGGAUGCUAUGGGAGCCUACCUUUGCCAUCAUGGCUAACGGCUACGGCUUCAUAGAUGCUGGGUCUGGGCCGUAGUCUGUAUCAACUUGCAGUAUUUGAAACAAUGCAGCAUUAUUUCAAAAUGCCAUGGCAUCCAGAAUAAAACAAGAAAACUUCUCCCAUU